GAUGGUGGAAAGGCUGGAAAACCAAGACGCGCUAGAACCGCAUUUACAUACGAACAAUUAGUCUCACUAGAAAAUAAAUUUAAAACGACACGAUACCUUUCAGUGUGUGAACGUUUAAACCUAGCGCUAUCACUUAAUCUUACAGAAACACAAAUUAAAAUCUGGUUUCAAAAUAGAAGAACAAAAUGGAAGAAACAGAAUCCCGGUCUCGAUGUGAACAGUCCCACUAUUCCUCCAAGUCCC